AUGGCUUCUCCAGAGAUUGUUGACCUUGCCGAGGAUGAUCUGGGCCGUGUACCUGAGGGAAUAGUCUUCGACGAUGAAAGCAAAGCAAAUUCCAGGGACAACUUAACAACCAAGUCAACAGAGAAAGAUCUACAAGAAAAUGUCCUGGACAAAUCCACACCGAUUAUCUAUCAUUAUUUAAAAUUCGAAACAAAUCUGCCAUCGCCUUCAACCAGUAUAUCCGUGGAUCCGGCAAAACCAUCGCCCCCUCAGCCAGACCUCAAGAAGUUCACAUCUCCCUUUGACUGGCCCGAAUCCCGGAAGAAUUUCAUGGUCUGGUUAUCGUGUAUUGCCACACUCUGCACUGCGUAUACAGCUGGGGCGUACUCCCCUGCAGUUGGUCAGAUGACGGUCGAAUGGAAUGUGAGUCAAGUUGCUGCAGUGGUUGGCAUUACUAGCUUCUGUUGUGGCUUUGGCAUAGCUCCUAUGGUUCUAGCACCAUUUUCUGAAAUUCAAGGCCGAUAUCCAGUUUUCGUUGGUGCUGGAAUUCUGUUUCUAAUAUGUCAAAUAUGCUGUGCCGUCACCAAAUCUUAUGCUGGAAUGAUCGUCGCUAGAUUUUGGGUUGGAUGUGGGAGUUCCGUAUUCUCAACCAUGGUCGGGGGGGUUGUCAGUGACCUAUACCACGCCCACGAUCGAAACACACCCAUGGCUCUUUUCUCGGGUGGAGCUCUCCUCGGAACGGGCUUGGGUCCUUUGGUCUCAGGCUUUAUCGCCCACAACACGAAUUGGAGAUGGGUGUUCUGGGUACAGGUUAUUAUUUGCGGCAUCUUGGUCUCCGCGGUGACACUAUUCUUCAAGGAGACUCGAGGAAGCAUUCUUCUGAGCAAGAAAGCGAGGUGUCUGAACAGGUGGUAUGAAGAGAGGGAAGCGGCCGGUUACAUCGGUUUCGACAUGCCAGUCUCCCCAGGAUCAGAGAAGACCGGGAGCCAGCGAAUUCGAUGGAAAGUCAAGUCCGACGAGGAGCGAGAAUCGAUCUCGAAAAUGAUCGGCAUUUCAGUGUGUCGACCUUUCCACCUCCUCGUCACCGAGCCUGUUGUCUUCUUUUUCAGUCUUUGGGUUUCUUUUGCAUGGGCUGUUCUCUAUCUAACGUUUGGGUCUAUCCCUCUCGUCUUUGGCCGUUCACAUGAUUUCACGAUCCAAGAGUCUGGAGCUGUCUUCGCGGCAAUGUGCGUUGGUGCAAUACUUUCUACGGUUCUUUCCAUCUACCAAGAUCGUCUGCUAGCCCGAUACCUCACAUCCUCGGCUAAGCAUAUUGAAAAUCCAGGACGGAUAAGAAGAAGCAUCGACCUGAGUUCCCCAGAAGCACGUCUAUAUUUUGCGUGUGUUGAAUCAGUAUUUCUUCCCAUUGGCCUUUUCUGGUUCGGCUGGACUCAGUUUCCCUCGAUCCCUUGGAUUGUCCCUACCAUGUCGAUAGCAUGUGCAACUAUGGGAAUAUUCUCGAUCUAUCUCGCUACGUUCAACUAUCUUGCCGAUACCUACCAUAGGUACGCAAGCUCGGCACUGGCAGCGCAAUCAUUUUGUAGGAAUAUCCUGGGUGGCGUCUUUCCCUUGGUCACGGUGCAAAUGUUCAACCGAUUGACAUUUCAAGGGGCGGCGAGUCUACUAGGUGGGCUAGCAUUACUAUUGACGGCCGUGCCGUGGGUGUUGGUACUAUAUGGACCCCAGAUCAGGGCCAGAAGCAAGUUUGCCAGCGAGGUUAUGUGA